AUACCAUACUGCGAGCUCCUUCUUCUUGUUAUCUGUCCGGGCAGGCGGGUAGCUGUGGAUCUUAUUGCGGCUGCGAUUCUUGUUCAGUGGUGGCUUAGUUGAAAGUACGCUGAUGCGUGUGGGGCAGGCCGGGCUUCGCACCGUUGCCGGCGUUGAAUGGGCAGGUGGUGUCCAUUUUAGCAGUGUGAAGAUCUGGCUCAUGUUUCUCAUGUGCAUAGGGUGGUGUGCGUAGUUCGUUAGCCCCAUUGUAUGCACCAUGAUGAUGGUCGGCUGCGUGGGUGGUCCUAAAUUGUCAACGGAAUGCAUGCACCCACGGGUUUGCUUUGCUCUCCCAAUCCAUGGCGCCAUGUCGGUGGGCCUGACUCUGUUUAACAAGGAGAUUAUGCGGAAUUGUGCAUUUCCUUGGACGGUGCUUGUCCUUCAAAAUGUCGUGGUCUUGCUUCUCCAGUUGCCAUACUUCUACUUCAAAGCGGUGGCCAGGCGUGGUCUCCAGGAGAAAGGUGGAGCAGUACGGGACUCGUUUGUAAGCAAACUAUUCGGAUGGCAUGCUUCUGAGCAAGGGCCGGAGCUGAGUGACUUGAUGAGAUUGCGUUGGAUUUCCCACGCAUCUAUUGCAGCGUGUGGCCUUCUCCUCGUUGCCUGCCAUGUGCUGAGUUUGCGAGCGCUGCAGAUCGUAAACAUCCCACUUUUCGUCCUCAUCAGAAAUUUUGGGCCUUUGCUCACGGCGGCGCUCGAACUAGUUGCGUAUCGGCAUUGGAUCACUUGGCAGAAAUUAGUAGCAUUGUGCACAAUUUGCCUCGGAGCGGUGAUCUUCGUCUCGGCUGAGGACGCGGGCCGCCGUGUCUCAAUGGAUGGAGCGCCUCUGGCGUUGUCAGUAACAUGCCUGGUUUGCCUAUGCAAUGUGGCGGAGAAGGUGAUGCUGGAGCACGUAAGAAGGCACGACCACGUCACCCCAGUUGAGGCUCGUUGCCUGUGCGGGUGCUGGUCACUAGUCGCGUCAGUACCUUUCUUGGUGAUUGGGGAAGGCACCGCUGCCAUUUUUCUGACAGUUGCUGCUUUUGCGAAGCUCCUUUUGCUGACAGGCGCCAUGGCAUUCUUGUACGGCAACUUUGACUUUAUCCUGCUGAGUCACCUACGAGCAACGAGCUUAAAAGUGGCAAACAUGGGCUACAAGAUGUUAACGGGGACUGUUUCAGUGGCUGUCUUUGCUGAUUUUGUCCCGCCGCUCUCCUGGGUAGGUUUCGUUCUGAGUUUCUUAGGCCUCGCUUGUUAUUCGCUUGACCUUGACCUGGGCGCGUGUGAUGGUCUGCAGGUUUCCAGCUGUCGACGGAAGCGCAGUGGGUGGGCGGUUGCUCUGCUAAUGCUGCUGCGCUUUUUGGCUUGUCAUGAAGCGGGCAGACCAAUUUCCGCGCGGCAAGUGUUUCACCAAACGGAGGCGCAGAAGGGGCCACGCGAAAGAGCUCAGGGCACCAAAGUAACUGGUCCAGUACUUUAGAGCGAAACGGAAACUGCCAGCUUCGCGAUGCUUAUGUGCUUCCCUACGAGUCAUUGCCAGACUGGGCGCGCCCAGCACUGCUGCACCCUUGAGGAGACUACUCAGCAGCACUAGAAAACGAUCGGCAGCAGCGACGGGCUGGCACUUUGCUUAGGUCAGACAUUGCUCGGGUGGCUUCGUGUAGCAGGCCGAGCGAGUUCAUUCGGCGCCUGGGAUUGAUUGUGUUAGCUUGUGAGCAACGGGGGGUGGGUAUAUGUAGACGCCUUAGGGCUGACCCGUCCCCCGUAGGAGAAACAAGGCCAAUCGCUUGGCUUCAGAGAAAGUCCAGCCGUGUUGAAGUUUGCUUGUCGAAUUUGAUAACCCCGCUGCGAUUCGUUGCGGGUUUUCAUUCGGUGGCCGAACGCUCUCACCGACGUCAUCUGUUGCACUUUUUCGCUUUAAAUGUGGCCAAAAGUUAAACAGUACCGAGCUGCGAGCGUCAUUGUUGUGUCGAGAAUAGCAGGGGGACUGCGUCCACGUAGGAGCAGGGCUCUUGGGGAGUCUUUUCUUCUUUUUCAAUCAUGGCGCAGGCGGUGCAAGCGGGUAGAAAGUAGGCAAAGUGUGCAAAGUGCACAGAGGCAACGCGACAACGGUACAAACGGGACAACGGCACAAACAGCACAACGGUACAGGCGGCACAAUGGUACAAGUGGCCAACUUCAGGCAAAGUGGAGGCAGUGGCGUGCCUACGUUCGGCAGGUCCCUCCGCGCUCCUUCCGAAAUUGGCGACCGAAAAUCGCGACCAGAAUACCCUUGAGGAUUUCGGUCGCAGUUUUCGGUCUCUAAUUUCAGGCAAAGCGGGGGCAGUGGGGUGCUUACAUUCAGCAGGCCCUUCCGCGUUCCUUCUGAAAUUGGCGAACGAAAAUUGCGACUGAAAUAGCCCGGAGCGCUUCGGUCGAUAAUUUUAGGCAAAGUAGGAGCAGUGGGGUGCCUACGUUCAGCAAGUGCCCCCGUGCCCCUCCCGAAAUUGGCGACCGAAAAUUGCGACCAAAAUACCCCCGGGCAUACAUUUCGGCCGCCAAUUUUGGGUAAAGCGCGGGCAGUGGUGUGCCUACGUUCAGCAGGUCCCUCCGCGCUCCUUCCGAAAUUGGCGACCGAAAAGUGCGACCGCUAUACCCCUGAGCAUUUUGGUCGCGAAUUUUAGGCAAAGUGGGGGGCAGUGAAGUGCUUACGCCCAGCAGGUCACUCCGCGCUCCUUCUGAAAAUUGUGACUGAAAUGCUCAGGGGUAUAUCGGUCGCAAUUUUCGGCCGUCAAUUUCAGGCAAAGAAAGUGGGACUAAUGGCGUGCCAACGUUCAGCGUGUCACUCCGUGUUCUUUCUGAAGUUGGCGACUGGGAUGCCCUUGAGCAUUUCGGUCGCAAUUUUCGGCCGCUAGUUUUAGGGAACGCGGGGGCAUACAUUGGGGCGCUUACGCUCAGCAGAUCCCCCCGCGUUCCUUCUGAAAUUGGCGGCCGAAAAUUGCGACCGCAAUACCUCUGCAAAUUUCGGCCGUGAUUUUCUGUCGGUAGUUUCAAGCUUGUGCAUCAGGCGCAUUAGAUGGGGCAAAGUGCCCCGCCCAGCGCGUCGGAUGCACAGACUCCAAGAGCUAAGUUCGUGCAUCCGGCGCGUUCUUCUGGUCGUAUUUUUCAGGAACGAAGCAAGGACAGGCGACGGCAACGGCCCAGGUGGCUAAGGGACAAAAUGGACAAUAAGGCGCCGCGUGUCCCGCUUGUGCACGUUGUAAACGUUGCGCACCGUUUGCGCCACCUUGUACAUGUUGCGCACCUUGCGCACGUUCGUUGCAUACGACGAAAGCGGGGGGGGGUUCUCCUUAAAAGUAUUGCUCUUGCGUGGGCGCAGUCUUGCUGCUAUUCUUGACGCAAAAACGGCGCGCGUGGCUUUUCGGGGUUUAGCUUUUAGCCGCAUGUUGUCACCAGCGCACUUUCAGCAAAAAAAUGCAAAAAAUGAGGUCGAUGGCAGCAGGUGCCGAGUGAAAAGCUGCAGCGGAUCGCGGUGGGGUUCUGAAAUGCGGUAAGCAAAUUCCAACGCGAGCGGCUUUUCUAUUCUGCCGAGUGCAGUGGUGUGCUUUAUUUCUUUUAGCCUUUCCCCCCUGUGGUGGCUUGUGGUGGUGUUUCGGCACAUUUUGCGCGUUGUUUUGUGCCGAUUAUCGGGGGGGAAGGUGUCAAAGCUGGGAGCGGCCGCCGCCUAGCGCCUGCCCGUGUGUACCCUACAGAAGUCCCAACUUCUUCCGACCCAGGUAGCAGGGUGCAGGCCUCGGGGGUAGGUGGCCGCCUUGUUUGCUGUGGUGUUUUCAUCAAUUGUGUGGCAAAGGCCAGCAAGCCCACAAGGGUCAGGACGAGGGCCGCGCCACAGCGAGGGCGGCUGUCUGGUUGGGUCUUCUCCCCUCUGGUUCGACACCGUUUCAGGGGGUCCCAGUGGUGCAGUUUUUCGGGGAGUGUCACAGAGGUGAGCCCCAGAGAAACGACGUCGCACGCCUUGGCGGUGUGUCAUAUCUAAGAGGGAGCCAGGUGAAGGAAAAGUGGGGGAGGGUGGUAAGUGUUCUGCGGCCCCCGUUGUGGUCUGGCGUCUUGGUGUUCGUCUGCCUUGCGGGUGAGCCUUUUCCACGAGCUUAGAGGCAAAAGAACCCCACGGAGAUGACGGGGGAGCUUGUUGCAGCUCGGUAGAUGGAUCGUGGGAGGUUAGUGGGGGCGUUUUUUCUUUUUGGGGCGAGGUGUGUUAGGAGCUCGGGGGCAGGCCUCACUCAGCUGAAGGGCCUCGAGAGGCAGACUGGGCCUGGGUGUCAGGGACUUCGCGGGCGUGUGCGCGGCAGGUUGGACCAUGACAGCGCAGAGCAGACCUCGGGGCAGAGCUGUGGGGGUGCCCUCCUUCGACGCGAUGGCGAACUGGGUGAGACCCACAAGCCAGCCGACGGCCGUGGGUGUGGUUGGAGCGCGCGGGGGUCUGCUAAUAGAGAGCGCGGCGGUUUUUUGUGUGAAGUGAGUGGUCUGGCUUUUCUUUGGGUCUUGGUUGGAUGGCCGAGUGGCGACGGCUAUACUGCUUGACUGCGCGCGCCGCUUGCUGUUUUGCAUCUAGUUGCGUCAUAAUUGGGGGCCCCAUUCGUGUGCGAUGUGUUGCGUGUGGGCGUGCUAUUAGCUCUCGGCGCCGUUUCAGCCUUUUGCGGCCAACAGGGUGGGGGGUGUGGUGUGUUGGGUGUUUUGCUUGUCGGUAAAGCUGCUGGGGGUCGGUGUCUCUGUGUUGGCCUUGCGUUGUAUUGUUCUGCGCUUGAGCUUUUAGUCGACCUUUGUCGGCUCAUCUUGCUGGGGUGUUUUGGCUCGUCAUGUCUGCACCUUAACGCAGUUCAAAGAGCUGAAAAAAGGCGACGGUGGAGCCCUGGCGGAGGGUGGACAACUGUGGGGGCGCUGUGGUGUGGUUUGAAAUUUUUCUGCGGGGUGUGCCUUUGCGGCUGUGUUCGGGGUUGUUGCUUUGCUUUCAUGUUUUUCCACUGUGUGGCGCCACGUCUCAGCUCUGUAAUAGAAUUUCUGCGGCUUAACACGUGAGCGCCACUGCCGUGUGGUAGUUCUUGCAGGGCUUUACACUUGGGCCUGGGGGCUUCUCCUGAGUGAUAACCAUCACACGGCGGCGCCCUUCGGUGUUCGCUGCGGUCGGCAUGGUUGUGAAAAGCUUCCGCGAAUUUGGUUGCGGAUUUUAGAGCCUUGCUUGUUUAGCGGUGCGGGAAAGAAGUGGCCAAAGGUGGCGCGGGUCUCUUCUGAUUAAAUAUCAGACAAAUCGGCAGGAUUAUAAAAGGCCCCCGUGUCUUUGGUGUCGGAUUAGGUGCCCGCCCGGCGCGCCAAAGCUUUGCUUUACUUUUUAACUUCGCCAGCCUUCUCGCCUUUUCUCGGUUUUUGGCAAGCUGACACAAAUGGGCGCCAUAGUAGGAAACUGGUGCCGUUUAUCCAUGGGCUUUAAAUGAAGCGCCAAGGCUUUCGCUAUGUGCAAAAAAAUGACCGAAGGGGAGGAGCGCGGGGAGCAUGAUGGAACCCGCCAAGCCUUCCGCGCAGUGCUUUGGCCGUGUUUGCGGCUGUGUAGUCUUCUGAAGUUGUGGCUUAUGUGGGUUUUGUUGGCAUGCGUGUAAAUGUGUGCCGUGUGUCUUUGUUUCGCCGUCGGUCUUCCUCAGCAUCUGGCAAGACUCAGGGAGCAUGGGCGAGGGGUCUGUGGCAUUGAUGUGCCGGCGCUAACUGCUCGGGGCUCUGUCGGUGCUGGGCAGUCUGGUGCAGCGGUUGCGGGUGGUGUGGGGCUUCUGCCUUUUUGAAGUGUCCUGGCAAAGGGUUGCGGGACUCAUUCAGCUUUGAAGGCAAAGGCCAAAGCCGCCAAGCGUCACAAGGUGCAUGGCUUUGAGUCGGAAGAGGCUCACAGCGAAGGCUUGUGGGUUCCAUGUAAGAAAAGGCGCGAAGUCUGAAGCGCUAAGAGAAAAGCCCACGCGCCACGAGAAGCAGCGAGCCGGCCUUCCUCUAACUAUGGUUGACACCAAUGCACUCGGAAGGGUAUGCUUGUGCUGGCUGGUAGUUUCGCUUAUUUAUUACUGAAGUGCCUACUCUAGUGCCUCAAGUAGCUUGCCAACCACGCGGACGCGCGAAUUUUCUGCGUCAUCUAAUAUGGCCAGCACCGAUCUAGGCGGAAAGAAUGCUAGUGAACUUGCGGAAGCAAUCGCCCCAGUGUCAGCCAUAUUGCCUGGAAAAUUUAAAUGGCUAUUCGUCGAUGCAUUCGUAUCAGGAGGAAGGGCGCAUCUGGUGUGUUUCCCUUAUGGCAGAGGCUCCGGCGAUUGUGAAAAUUUCACCAUAUCUGUUGGUGCGCUUGACGCACAGGAGCCAGUGCGCAUGCGCACGACUUUGGAGCAAUGGACGCGGUGGGAGCCGGUGAGCAUCGUCAGCACGGAGAGUAUGAAGAAGUGAAGGCCUGCAAUCAUUGGCAGAGGCCGCUUUUUUGUUUUUGCUUACAUUGGCUGUGUACUUCAGCAGGCUGCCGCCUCAAGUGCUGAGUCUAGUCGACGGUGGUCUUGGUCCCGCUCCAGACCAGUCCGCGAGGCCUGAACUUCAGAGCGAGCAGCGCUGACGCCUCUGCCCCAGGUCUUGGGGUCAGCUGAGAGCGCGGGCCAGGUGCAAAGAAGGGGUCUGCUGCACGACAUGCCUGCACUUCGUUGGGGGGCUUUCGUGAAGCUUCCGACGGAGUCUGAGCAGCUUGGGGGUGGGUCGAUAGCUAGAACCGGCAUCGGGGUGCCUCACUUUGGCCGGGCUUGCUUUCGCUUCAGCUUGUGAGUCGACCCCUCUGGAGAGUCUGAAAGCAAGAACGGGCAAAGUGGCCGCCAUGGCGCCUAGUCAUAGCUCGCAACUCACCGCCAGCGAACAUUGCUCAUAGUGAGGCCCCCGAGAGGUCAAGCUGACCCCUCUGAGAGAAAGCGGGAAGCCCGUAGUGCCCGGCCUGUGGAGGUCGCCUGUGUUAUAUUGUCGCCACCCACAACCUGCACCGGAGCAAGCUGGGGCCUCCUGAUGACCACGCAGGUGGCUGAACCCCACAGACAGCAGGGAACGACGUGGCCGACAAGUAUGCCACGAGGGGAAGGAGCGCAGGGCUGAGACGCCCCCAGCAGAUGGGUGGGAGCGUCGGGCCUCGUGGGCCGACCUUCAGCGGAGCUGGGACCUUUUCUUUACGGGCUAGCCUCAAUAGCUGGUGGCAUUCUUACAGCCCACCGAGGUGCCCAGCUAAGUAACGCAGCGCAAAACAAAGGCGCGGCGCUUGCGAGUGAGUGCAGUUUCUCGUGUGAUAGAGAAACUGGGCGAGCGCUUGCUUUCGUUGAAAACGUUGCGGCUUCGAGUUGACAAGGAUACUCAGGCAACGGCCGCUGGAGGUCCCCGCCAACUCCUCUCUCGCAACGUUCAGGUCCCCACAGGCCCCCUUUUGAAAGGGCAGUAUGGUCUGGUAUUAGUGACAGUCGUAUACACGGGCUUGCCUCAACUCGGAUCGUGGCUUCGCUACCACAUCCAGGCUGGCGUGGAGCACUUGGUCUUGUAUGUUAUCCGUUGGGACGCUAUCAAGAGCAAAGUACUGACGGCAAUUGGUGCAGGCCUUUUGAGGUAUGUCACCUUUGUGAGAUGGGAUUUUCCUUGGCGUUUGGUUAAUCUGUCUACCAAACAGCUAUUGCCAAAGGGUGAAUUUGCACAGAGUUUAGCCAUAAACGACGCCACGUAUAGGUUGAAAGGCGUUGCAGAGUACCUGGCCGUUUGUGAUCCAGAUGAGUUCUUUUUUUCGCCAUCGGGUAAUAUGACACUGGGCUCGAUUAUCCGGCAGCGGUUUCGCUCGAACAAUGAAAAGGUGCGCGUUGGCGCAAUCGUCUUCCGCUCAUGGUGGACAGAUUUUCCUACGCUGAAUUCGUCAGAGUUUCCAUUGACGCAGUCGGGGAUUGCAAAGGCCUCGAGAAUCGGAGCGCCCGUCGCAAGAGGGAGAACAAAGUACAUUAGUCGAGUAGAAGACGUUCUCAUUAACGGGGUACACAAACCUUGGAAGCUACGCACCGGGUCGCGAGAAGAUGUCGUUCCUGUCAGUGUGGCAUAUGUUGCGCACUUUUUGCGGGCUGGGCAGACCAAUCGAAAGACGAUCCCAACAAGUCUCACGAUAACGGCAGCGCACAGCGGUCCCAUAGAGACAUCCGUCAUGUCUCUUUGGAACGCCACAGCAACGGAGCUGUGACGGCAUGACAGGGCGAAAGCGAUGCUGUAAGCGAGUGAUCGCGGCUACCGCAACGCGCCCUAUCUGGACCCCUCUGCGGAUGGGUGCAGACACCGGAGCGUGCUGGGAUAGCAUCGCAAAGAAAGGGGGCGCGAGGUGAUCGAAGGGCGCGGCCAGUGGUCGGUGGGUGCGUAGCUUACAGCCCAGCGCAUUGGCAUGCAGCCGCAAGUCGGUGCGCAGUGUCCUUAUCUCAGUGUGUUGUAGAUCUGGUUUACCUGUAGGCUUCACGCGGAGGCGUAGACAGACCAAAAGCAAAUUGUAGGCGAGACACAUUGAUGAGACCUGGGGUGGGGUAGGAGCAGACCUCGGGUGAGGUGGUAAAAGUUCAACACGCAGCCUGUAGGCCAGAAGUGCAAUAUGGGAGAAGUUAUCAACAAGAGCAUCAGGGUGCCCCGUAUCCAUGCGCGGGGCGGCUACGGCAAUCUAAGCGCGACGCCCAAAAUGUAGCAGCCGCCAGCGAGAAAUAACCACCACGACAGCCACGCAGGAGGCAGCUAGCCCGACGAGAUGGGCGCUUUUCUGAAGUAUUCGGGUGCUUGUUUUUACGUUGCUUGUGCAUCGUCAUGAGUGAGGGCCAAAGUUGGGUCGUGCGGUGUUUCGCAUCCCUUGAGCUGAAUCGUUUUGCCUUUCUCCCUCUUAUUCUGUUG